AACUUACAAGUUCUAGAUAAUACGUAUCAUCAGGUAUCAGAUUCAAACAACUUACAGGUUCUAGAUAAUAAGUAUUAUCAGGUAUCAGACUCAAACAACUUACAGGGUCAGUCAACUAGGUUCAACUUGCUUCCUUGUAUAAUAGGUAUCAUCAGGUAUCAGACUAAAACAACUUACAGGGUCUAG